GGGAGUGUGAUGUGCAGCCGCCUGCUGCUGUCACUGCCACGCCUUGUGCUGCUGUCACUGCUCACUGCUGGCACUUUGGUGAUGCCUGUCAGGGUAUUUAUUAGGAACUUGAUUCGUUUCACAGCGAGAAUUCUUAGCUUUUUCAUCAGCUAGAUUCCUUCACUCUCCUUUAUCUUGAUGUUAGGGCUACGGCGAUCCUGCGAGAACCCUAGAAGUCCAUUUUUUCAUUCUUAAUAUUUUCUUAAUUGUUAUCCCUGUCAGUGCCAUAGGGCCACACGUGUUCCCAGGUAGCAAACAGUGUGUGUGCCACAUAUCAUGGUUGAGAUCCCAAUGGAAGAACAAGCAUCACUGAAUAAUGCUCCACUCAACAUGUUUACUCGUCAGAUGGAAUACAUGAAGGUGAAUGGUGUUCCAGGGGUGUUGUUCAGUGAUUGUGCUGAAAUCAGCAAAGCUUCGGAGGCUCAAGGAGUGAAGAACAAGGGAGACAAUGGAGAAAUUUUGGAGUGCAGACCAGAGAGUUACUCAGAGAAUACACUACUGAUCAAGCUGCCUUAUGCCGGGACCAACCUGACCAUCCACCUCCUCUUCAACCCCCAAGAGCCUUGGAUGGUGCCUGAAAUGACCUUCAGUGAUGACCGCUUCACAUCCACCAUCACUUUGAAGGAUCUAGAAGACCAGGUGCCAUCCCUCAAUGAGUGGGACACCUCAACUGAUGACAUCCUGGCCCAGCUGGUGCAUCAGGUGUUGCAGCUGUACAGGGGAUACCAGCUUGACCGGCUUGAAGAGGAUGAGAUUCUUCAGAUUCAGUAUGAGUCUCUGCUCAAGGCCUUAAAGAUUGGAGAAGGAGAUAUUGAGGUCUCAGUCAACAGCACAGAACAGGUGAGUACCACAUCAUCCUUCCUGAUGCGCCUGCCCCUCAGCCUGCAGGAUGUGCCUCCGGUGCUGGUCGACGCUAACCCUGGCACUCCAAACACCUUCCUGCAAGUUGACUUUCCCAGGAGGGAAGCAGCAUUUGUGCCCAAGCUUCACCUUUCCUCCUGUGUUGAGUCCCUCAUUGGAGAAGCUUCCUCCCUGGCGCUCCCCACUGUACCUCCUGGCAUAGGUGUGAUGGACUAUGUGGAGAGGAUCAUGGAGCUGCUGGAAGAAAAAGUGAGGAGAACCAUCCUCUCUUUUGAGACCAGGAAACAAUUUAUAGCUGAGGUUUUGUGUCAGUUCGGAUGUGCUGUGGUAGAAUAUGAUGCUGAGCGCUUCAACAAAAUUGUGGUCAUGAUGGAGGUGAAGGACUUUCACUUCCUUGCUUUCAUCAGUCUGGGUUCACUGUUCCCUCAGCAACAUGGGCCCCGGGUAGUGCUGCAGUCCCUGUACCACAACAGCGCCAAGGAACCAGUGUCCAAGGAGCUCACAGACCUCAAGUACAGCUCACAAUGGAAACCAGAGGAGAUGGUACAGCAUACCAAAGAAGCUAUCCUAGCCAACAUUUCCUCCUUUCAGAUGAGCUCUAUACGAACUUCAUAAUUUUAUGGUAAGGAUCAGGUUGACAAUUUUACCAUGUUUUCACCACUAGUGCACUUAGCAUCUUCCAUUUUAGGACAAAAUGUGUAACAACCACAGUAAAUUUUGCAGCAGCUACAGUGGCUAAGUAAACUAAUCUAUCUAUAUAUCAGGUCAGCAAACACAGAGUGGCCCAUGUGGGAAGUAAAUGACUUGAGGCUUAAAUAACAGAUAAAUCUGAACAAAGGAAUUUCAUUCAAUUGAAAGAAAAUUUUGUUGCAUUGUAUGUUUUAUUAUUAGAUCAAAUUUUCCAUUUGUUUAUGGUUUUCCUGUGGUGUGUUUUGAAAGAAUAUGCCAGUUUGAUCCCUGUAUGUUGUAAAAGACAACUAAAGGAAGCUUGAGUAUGGUAAACAGGGACCACUUAUAAAGGGAAUCACUCACAUUCCCUUUCUUGUUUUCUCAUCUCAUCUCUAUUUCUACUUGUGCUGAGUGGAGAGUUUCUGGUUGAAUGGUGUCAUGAACUUGCCAUUGGUCUAUGUUGAGGAACACCCUCAGUAGCCAUGGGCACUGGGGUGCAUGGUGAGGACAAACAAAGGAGUACUGCAAGGUUUGGAUGAUGCAUCAACAGAACUAACUGGGAUAUAAAAAUACAGAUGGAAUGUUACAUUUUACUGAUGAUUGAUUAUGAUACAGAGUAUUUGGGGAUUAAAGCUUUAGUGUACAAAGGAAAAAGACAAUUUUGUGUUUUAAAAGAACAAGGAAAAUUAUUGCAGGCUUAUGACAACCAGGAUCCAUCAAGUGUCCAGUAAGUCACUGUUAACAUAAUUCUAUGAAAAAUCUUAAUGGUGUACAAAACUGCAUUUGUAUUUAAAAAAAUAAAAAGACUGCUACCAGUCAUUUGUAUAGAUAUAUUUAUGUAAUAUACACACAUUUGACAUAAAUAUUAACAUAAAACCAGGAA